ACCAAUGCCCACUCAAACCAUGCACACAGAGAGGCAACGCACACACAGUGUACAUACACAAGCAUGUGUUGUUUUAGUUUAACUUCUGUGUACUAAUUCCUCCUAAUACCUCAAUCUACCAUGAAUCUACUCUGCAGGUGGGAGAUAAUUCUUAUUUGCUUGUGGAUGCACGUGGGCUUUGUGCCAGGGAUGUUUUACAAGGAUGGGACUCUUGGUCGUCUGUCAAGGGAAGAUGUACUGGUCUUAAAGGAUGAGCAGAGUCCUAAAUGUUUCACCCGGUCAGAACACGAUUUCACCUGCUUCUUUGAGACAACCCACAACAAGACUUAUAAUUUGUUCUACAAGCUAGAAAGCGAUCCAGAGAAAAGAUGUGAACUGUCUGUUGAGAGAACAGAAGAGGGAACUUUUCUCCACAUCUGCUCAUUUCCUGACUCGGAUGUUUUAUUCUUUAUUGAUAUACACCUGAAAGUGGUGGAGGGCAACGGCAACACCUUAUAUGAACGGACUGUCUGUGUGGAGGACAACUGUCUCCUGGACCCCCUCUUCAAUGUGGCUUUACACGAAAAUGGACAAGUAGGACAGCUGCAGAUUUCAUGGCAAACAACGGCCACAAAAUACAUGACAAAUAGGCAUAGGAUUCGAUACUCCUCCAAUGGACUGAGAGAGAAGACAGUAAAGGAGGUUACGAUACUAGAGUCUCUGAUACCAGGAGAGGUGGUUGAGGUCCAGGUCGCUGUCAAAUGCAGUUUUAACGAAGAUACAGGACACUGGAGCAGCUGGUCACAGCCUGCGCGAGCUGUGGUUCCCCAAAGUGCAGAUGAUAUUUCCCUUAUGUGCUACACGUCUGACCUGCAAACCGUCGUCUGUCGCUGGAAUGGGAGCAAAUAUGGUGUAGAAAAACAAUACACACUUUUCUACCAGAUGGGUCUCAGUGAAGCCUUGAGCUGGACAAACUGGACUGAGUGUGUCCCUGAGAGGAACUUGACUGACCUGUGCAGUUUCCAGGGAGAUAAGACCAGGAAAGUCAGGGUCAAGCUCAGCAGCUCUCCAGCUCCACUCAGCAGAACCUUUUAUACUCAAGAGUUCACUCUCAACAAUAGCAUCAAAACAUUCCCGCCAAGUGAUCUUCAAAAACAUAUGGAGAAUGACAGGUUGUGCCUAACAUGGGAGGCUCCACUUCCGCCUCUGUUUGCUCACCUACAGUAUGAAGUCACCUACAAGAUCAGAGAGUGGGAAACAUGGAUGACGGCAAACGUAAAGGGUCCUAAAACUGACACUUGCCUAAAAGUUCCAUCUGGUCAUGAGUACAAUGUCAGGAUCAGGGCUAAACCUACUGGGUCCAUUUACUCAGGCUACUGGAGUGACUGGUCAGAUGUGCUUACUGGUGACACCCCCACUGAUUUAGGCAAGUUGUUCAUGCUGUGUCUUCCUGUCUUGAUGCUGAUAAUUGUUAUCAUCCUCAUCUCCUUGUUUACAAAGUGUCUCAGUAAGCUCAAGCUGUAUGUUUGGCCCCCAGUGCCCAACCUGAACAAAGUCCUUCAAGGCUAUGUGACAGAGAUGAACAGACAGAAAUGGGUGUUGAAAAUGAAAUACUUUUUGGUCACACUACAGAAUCCUGCAAUAACAACAAAACAGUGCUCUGACGAAACCUAUUCAUCCGUGGUGGAGGUAAUGUCUGAAGUGGAGGUUUCAGGAUUGGGGAAGCCAUCAGAAAUCUCCACCAAGCUCUUGUCACCAGAGAGAAGCUUAUCCUGCACAGAACAGGUACAUUUAAGUCCUGGUUCGGAAGUCUUUCCAGACUAUGUGACUCUGAACAAAGACAGUAUCAUUCUUCAACCCGGAAGAAACAAGUCUGACGAAGAAGACCCAGUGGUGACGGUUGAUCUCUUCCAAAAAAGUGUAUCUUCCUGCUCUGAAGGCUCAGACUGUAUUGAACAUUGUGAAGGCAUUAACUUUCUAAACCAUUGCUACUUGAAUAUGACUGAGCACGCAGACAGAUUCUGCAUGCAGAAGGGCACUGCUGGUAGGGUGCCGGGCAACCUCUAUACAAAUUUACCCUGUAGCAAAGAGCCUUUCUCAAACUGUGCCCUGCCCACUCUGUCGAGUAGGGAACACUGUAGUCACAGCUGAAGGAAGCACCCUUCUUUAAGACGUAGGGCGGCGGUAAGCUUUGACACGAACUUCUGGUAGACACAUUAACUGUCAUACCUUUUUGUAACCAGUUUAUAUCGGCAUCUAUCAAACGCAAUAUAUUUUUUUGUAAACAUCUUCAGUUUUCAUACUGAUGCUUAUAAUGCGCUUGGUUUUUGCAGCCGACACAUUACAAUCAAACGAACGCGUCUUGUUUUCUAGUCCAGAGAAGGGUAUGUUUGACCUUAAAUACAACGUAACUUUUAAGUUUCUAAUGUCUGUUUAACAAUAUUAAAGGUCCAUCUUAGUUUCAGCAGUUUACAUCUGUACAGGUAAUUGCAUGGAACUUUCAAAAGAUGUACCCAGCGUCUUCCGCGACGAUCACAACGCGACAUUGCAUUGGUAAGUCGGCAUUGGUGUACAAUCACUUUUGGAGGGCUUUAUAAUGCACUUCCAGGGUAACUGGUUUGGGGCAGCACCUGGCGAACCCUCCGUCAGCACACACAAACAUGGUGGAUGUGGGUGGGAGGGUGAGAGGGUGCAGGAUUCAGUUUUGAGAAAGGCCCUGUAAGUACGGUCUUACAAUUAUACCUUGUUUCUACUGGUGCAGAUUUGAUGUUGCUGUUGUACACUGUAAACUGAUCGAGUUUACUGCACCAGUAGUAACAGGGAUAAAAUCGACACAGAGAUUUGAGGAUUCACACAAUGCAGGACUUGAGAAAAAGUGUGUUACCGUGUACUCAGUGUAACAAGGGUUAGUUUUUUUGUCAACAUCGCAGAGCUUUACAAUCUGUUCAAGUUACACCACCCUCUGUCCUUAGACCCUCAAUUUAAUAGAUCACGGCGUCCUCUCUCUCAUCACGGUUCACUCUUGAUGCAGUCUGUUGUGUCUGAAAUGACGUGAAUGCAUCACAGAUCUGAAGAUAUAAUCCUAGUAAGACGAAUCAAAUUUCUUUGACAGUAACAGCUUUUUGUGUAUAAUAUUUAUAAUUGUACUUGUGUUUAAGGUUUCACCCACAUUAGGGCUCGAGGUUGUGUAUUGCUGUCUUUUUUUUUAUGUCCACUAGAGGGAAGCUGCAAGAGAAGACCCCACUCUGUGUUGUAUAGUAAGUUUGUUUUUACAUGUUUUUAAUUUAGCAUUUGAAUGUAUCUUCCUGUCAUUGUUUUUCUGUACAUCUUCUUACUACUCUUAGUGGCCUCCAUCAAAAAAAAAAAAAGGUCCAUCUGAAUUUGGUUUUUCAGAUCUUUUGCUUUGCCAUUGUUUGUUACAUAUUCAUUCAGUCAUUUAUAUUGAACAUAUUUCUGUUGAAUGUUCUGAGUUCCUCAGAAUCCCACUUGAGGUUGAGGAAGGUGACAUAGAUGCGAAGUGUUAACAAAACGCCUUCCAUGUAACUGUCAAAACAAGCUUUUAGACCAUUAUGCAUGCAUUGUGGUUUGUAUUUCUGGUAAUAAAAUUGUUGUUAAUCCA